CCAGUCAGAUUUUGUGCAUCUGCCGGUCUGGUGGGAGGACGUCGGCACUGACUGCAGCGCAUUGCGAUGCAGAGAGGGAGAGUAAGGAUGCGAUGCCUGUGUGAGCUGCACGCUUGAAGUCCACAGCAGCAGCAGCAGCAGCAGCCUCCUGUGCGGACGGACGGGAGUGCAGGGAGGGUGCUUGCUGGUGGAGUUUAUGCGCACACCUCUGGAGGCUGCAGCCGAGGAGGGCCGAGGUGUCUCUGCAGCAGGGAUACCGUCUCGAUACGUGACUCCGAGCCCAAAUCUACCCUGGCUUUGGAUCUGAGAGGGAGGGGUGGGGGGGUGGAGGAGCGGCACCCCGCCCGUCUCUCCUCAUUUGGACUGCAGGGAUAACGACCUAAACCGUGAGAUCCCCGCGCAGAAAACCACUGAGCAGGUGUCGGUGUCAGUCAUCGUUUCCAACACCCCGCAACUCUGCGCCAAAGGUUCCCGCUGUUAUUGGAUAACUUAUCUACUAUUGGAUAUCUUCUACUUCGACAGUUCUGUUAAGAUGCAAGGGCCAAAAGGGCAGAUCAUUGGAGCCUCCUUGGAGAAUCAAUGAACACAUCAUUUCUAAGGCUCCCAUGUUUCCAGUCAUAACAACCUCUACAAACCAACUCUCACUCUAAACAUCAGGAUUUAAGUUGAGUCAACAGGGAUAAAUCCGUAGAAUGCAUCAUCACGUCAACGACCAGCCCAAUCCUUAAGAAGCCCCGACUCUCUACUGUUCUCCUUACCAAACGUGCAACAUGCGUCCUUCCCUCGCCACAGCGGUCCUACCGCCUAGGACCCGAUCCCACAAUCCACCCAACCUAGUGGUGGGCGGCCGCGAACACCUUUCAGCUCCACGAAGGCGCAGCCCCCACCUCCGGCACACCCUAAGCCCUGAGAACCUGCGAACCCUGGCAGAGAGGGGCGGCGCUUCCGUCGACACUGUCUCAGUUGUCAGCAGUCCAAUAGGGCUUCCUCGGGCUAACAGUGACACAGACCUGGUGACCUCCCAAAGCCGAUCCUCGCUGACGGCGUCCACUCUGGAGUACACGUUGAACCGAGGCCAGAAUCUCGUCAUAUCGUGGGACAUCAAGGAGGAAGUGGAUGCAACCGACUGGAUCGGGCUGUACCACAUUGAUGAAACCAGCCCAUCCAAUGUGUGGGACUGUAAAAACCGAGGGGUGAAUGGCACCCAGAAGGGUCAGAUUGUUUGGAGGCUGGAGCCUGGGCCCUACUUUAUGGAGCCUGAGACUAAGAUCUGUUUCAAGUACUACCACGGAGUGAGCGGAGCCCUGAGAGCCACGACGCCCUGCAUCACCGUGAAGAACCCUGCUGUCCUGGUGGAGGGCCUGGCAGAGCAAGUUGGUGUUGAACAUCCACGAAAACUGAUCAGUUUUACUUUAACAGACCUGCGUGCCACCGGCCUGAAGAAGGGCAUGUUUUUCAAUCCGGACCCAUACCUGAAGAUGUCCAUCCACCCAGGGAAGAGAAGUGUCUUCCCCAUCUUCAGCCAUCACGGACAAGAACGACGAUCAGCCAUCAUUGCUAACACCACCAACCCAGUCUGGCAUGGAGAGAAGUACACAUUUGUUGCACUCAUGACAGACAUCCUCUACAUCGAGGUGAAGGACAAGUUUGCAAAAAGUCGACCGAUCAUUAAACGCUUCCUCGGGCAGCUCACUAUCCCUGUGCAGCGGCUUAUUGAAAAGAUCCCCGGAGUCCAGCCUGUGAGUUUCUCGCUGUGUCGGCGCCUGCCCACUGAACACGUAAGUGGCCAGUUGCAGUUCAAAGUGGAGCUCACCUCAACUGGUCCUGAUGGUGCCUCUCCUGAUUCAAUCAUUGGCAUGUCGUCGUUAAAUGGAGCUCCGGGGACUCCAUCCGAUGAUGAGGACCUGCCCCACCAUCUUCCAGGAGUGGUCUCUGCGGGCCCUUCACCUACUGGCUCCCAGGGCUCUCAAAGCAUGUGGGAAGGCGGUGCCACAGCCUUGCCAGAAAAGGACCUGCCUCUUGUUGGAGCCGUGGGUAGAUUUGCUGGGCCUGAACGCCUGUCAGGCCAUGAAAUGCUCCAGAGGUCACUCAUUGAGGGCCUAGAUGCUAUUGAGGCCCCCAAAGGCCCCGGUGAAAGACCCCUUGGCGCAGCCUCGCCUAAACUGCGCUCUAGCUUCCCCACACACACAAGGCUCAGCGCCAUGUUGCACAUUGAUUCGGAUGAGGAUGAGGACAGGUCUGGGGCCAAUGACAUCACUCCGGUGCCGCUGUCACCGCUGCUGAUGAAUGGUGAACCUCCAGAUGUCGGUGGCGCCGAUGAAGACGACCCUUUUCCUGAACUCCAGCCGGAGCCAGAGCAGAUGGAGUCCUUGGUGCUGGAGGAGGAGCCUGAAGGUGCAGCUGGCGCAAUAGAAGACGUGCCCCCAGAUGCAGAGGUGGUCCUGGGGAUGGGGGCAGGUCUGGACUUAGAUGAUGUUUUGGAGCCAGAUGUUUUUUCCGAAGUGGAGGAGGCUCCUUUCACAGAGGCUGUGUCCCAUAAUACCAUGCCAGAGAGUGGAGAAGUGCAUGAGGAAGGAAGGGGACCUGGCGAGGACCCCUCCUCAGAGAUUGACACCUGCUCCAUGGCAACAGCCCCGCAGACAGUCUUCUCAUCAUCAGACAGCUGUCCAAUCACACUCACUACUGCUGUGGAAGCGGAGGAAGGAGCGGAGACAGCCAUAGAUCCAGGGGGAGAUGUAGUUUCCGGUACCCCACCAACCAAUCAGGCUGUAGAUGACGAAGGGGGUGGGCAAGUCGCUGUCACUGAGAUUGAGGGAGUAGCUCCCACACCCGGCGAGCAAGUGACAGUGGAGGAGCUCAGUGUGAGGAGGCUUAGCCUGCAGGCUUCUGGGGGCGUGGCUGAAGAACCAGAAGGGGAGGAGACAAAGCCACACGAGGAGGCGGGAUCUGCGGAUUCAGAGCAAGUCACCACGGAAACAGAUGGAGAGGAAGGUACUCCCGUUAAUGGCCAUCCUGUACGUUCUCUCCCAUCAGUGCGCCAUGACAUCCACCGAUACCAACGUGUGGACGAGCCUCUACCUCCCAACUGGGAGGCUCGGAUCGACAGUCAUGGGAGGAUCUUCUUCGUGGACCAUGUGAACAGAACCACCACAUGGCAGCGCCCCACCGGACCUCCUGCCCCACAGGGUCUGACCCGAUCCAACUCCAUUCAGCAGAUGGAGCAACUCAACCGCAGGUACCAGAGCAUCAGAAGGACCAUAACCAACAGUGAUCGGGCAGAGGAAGCCCCGGUUGACCUGCUCCCUGAACCAGAAAGUGAACUGAUGCCUCACUCCAUUUCUGAAUACCGAAGAGACAGCGCAGUCGCUCACUCCAGCGGUCGCUCGCGUCUCUCGUUGCUGCUCCAGUCACCCAGCGCCAAGUUCCUGUGCAGCCCCGACUUCUUCACCGUGCUGCAUUCAAACCCUAGUGCCUACCGCAUGUUUACGAGCAACACCUGCCUGAAGCACAUGAUCAGCAAGGUGCGUCGGGACGCUCAUUACUUUGAGCGCUACCAGCACAACCGCGACCUCGUUACCUUCCUCAACAUGUUCUCCAACAAGCAGCUGGAGCUUCCUCGGGGCUGGGAGAUGAAGCAUGACCAUACUGGAAAGCCUUUCUUUGUGGAUCACAACUGUCGCUCCACGACCUUCAUUGACCCACGGCUGCCCCUCCAGAGUUCUCGCUCCACCGGGCUGCUGGCCCACCGCCAGCACCUGAGCCGCCAGCGCAGCCACAGUGCUGGGGAGGUAGUGGACGACUCUCGCCAAACCAACCCACCUGUGAUGCCCCGCCCCUCCAGCACCUUCAGCGGCUCCAGUCGAAGUCAGUACCAAGAUGUGGUGCCUGUGGCCUACAAUGACAAGAUAGUGGCAUUUCUACGGCAACCCAACAUCGUUGAGAUCCUGCAGGAAAGGCAACCCGAGCUCGCCAGGAACCACUCGCUUAAGGAGAAGGUGCAGUUUAUUCGCAGUGAGGGAGUCAGUGGGCUGGCUCGUCUCUCUAGCGAUGCUGACCUCGUCAUGCUGCUGAGCCUAUUUGAGGAGGAGGUGAUGUCAUAUGUACCACCAUUACUCCACCCGAGUUACUGCCUCUCCUCCCCUCAGAGCUCCCCUGGAACCCAGCGAGCCAAUGCCCGCGCUCCUGCUCCCUAUAAGAGAGAUUUUGAGGCGAAACUGAGGAACUUCUAUCGAAAGUUGGAGACCAAGGGUUAUGGACAGGGACCGGGAAAAGUCAAGCUCAUCAUACGCAGGGAUCACCUCCUGGAGGACGCCUUUAACCAGAUCAUGUGUUACUCCCGUAAAGACUUACAGAGGAGUAAACUUUACGUCAGCUUUGUGGGCGAGGACGGGCUGGACUACAGUGGACCCUCCAGAGAGUUUUUCUUUCUGGUGUCCAGAGAACUGUUCAACCCCUACUACGGCCUGUUUGAAUAUUCAGCCAAUGACACGUACACCGUCCAGAUCAGCCCCAUGUCCGCCUUCGUAGACAACCACCAUGAAUGGUUUCGUUUUAGUGGGCGUAUCCUGGGCCUGGCUCUCGUCCAUCAGUACCUGCUUGAUGCCUUCUUUACCCGACCUUUCUACAAGGGGCUUCUUCGCAUCCCAUGUGACCUGAGUGACCUGGAGUUCCUGGAUGAAGAGUUCCACCAGAGCCUGCAGUGGAUGAAGGACAACGACAUUGAGGACAUGCUGGACCUCACCUUCACUGUCAAUGAGGAGGUUUUCGGACAGAUUACAGAGAGAGAGCUGAAGCCGGGCGGGGCUGGUAUCCCUGUGUCAGAGAAGAACAAGAAGGAGUACAUUGAGCGGAUGGUCAAGUGGCGUAUAGAGAGGGGAGUGGCCCAGCAGACGGAGAGUCUCGUCCGAGGUUUCUAUGAGGUGGUGGACGUGCGACUGGUGUCUGUAUUUGAUGCCAGGGAGCUGGAGCUGGUGAUUGCAGGCACUGCAGAGAUCGACCUGGCAGACUGGAGAAACAACACAGAGUACAGAGGAGGUUACCAUGACAACCACAUAGUGAUUCGCUGGUUCUGGGCAGCUGUGGAGAGGUUCAACAAUGAGCAGAGGCUGAGACUGCUGCAGUUUGUGACAGGCACAUCCAGUAUUCCCUACGAGGGAUUUGCAUCUCUACGGGGCAGUAACGGACCGCGCAGAUUCUGUGUGGAGAAGUGGGGAAAAAUCACCUCCUUACCCAGGGCUCACACUUGCUUUAAUCGACUGGACCUCCCACCUUACCCCUCCUUCUCCAUGCUCUACGAGAAGCUGGUCACUGCUGUAGAGGAGACGAGCACGUUCGGUUUGGAGUAACCUCAUAUCAGCUCACACCCGGGUUUAACUUGGGAGAGAGGAGCAUCUGGAUAUCCACUUUUCUCCCUCCGGAGAGACAUGGAAGAUAAAACUAAUAUCCUCAAAAGGCAACUAAACCCUCCCCCUUCCUCCUCUGUGGAUAACUGCUGCUUUUUCCGACUGGCUUUUCGUCACUCAGUAUGCAGGCCUCGUUCUAAUUCUCUGCCUUUCUUUAAUACAAACCGAUGAAGCAUCUUCUGGAAGAAAGUCAGAGAAUCGGAGAAUAGUUUGAAAAGCUGUACAGUACAAUUUCUUUGUUUUCAUGAUAACCUUUGUUCAUUGAGCCACAUGUGUGCUUUAUCUCUUCAGUUAAUGGCCUUGUUUACUGGAUUUCUAGCACCCUACCCUCCUUCUCCUCAAACCUGCACCUCAGAGACAGCUGCUCAAAAAACCACUAAGCUCCCUUCUCUCUCUCUCUCCCUGGACCUCUAAACUGUGUCCUUUCUGCACUGGGGCUGCGACGUUAUGAACUAUAAUACACACACACACUAGUCACCUUUGCACAAAACACACACAAACAUUUUGUUUCUAUUGACGGUGCAAACAAGUGUUUCCCCCAAGAUUUUUUUUAUCAGAAUGGAAAGAUUUUAGACACACAACUGGAUGUUGGCUGGUCCUCCUUGCCUGUCUGAGAGCAGGGGAUACACUAGUGUGCACAAAUACACACUGAAACACAUAAACAUACACACGAUACGCAUAAAUCAAGUUGUUUUGAGACUGAAAAUUCACUUGUUUUCACUGUUUUGAUUCCUGAAUACGCUGGACAAUGAGUCACAAAUCAGUGACAUUUAUGGACAGUCAUAGACCCAUUGUGAUAAUGAAGGCAGGUGCUGGUCAGGACUGUUACCUUCAAUACUGCAACAUCUGAGCUCUUACAUGGGCACGAAAAGGUAAAGACUCAUCUGAGACAGGCAGCCCUUGUGUUUACUUGACAAGGACACCCAGUACUAUCACACACACACGCACGCACGCACACACACACACACACACACACACACACACACACACGCGCACACACACACGCACAUAACACAUGCAUACAGUAUUGCACCAUUAGCCUUGAUGCUGUGGGUGCACUCACUCCAGUAUACAGUAUACAUUUACUGACACACUUUGGUGUCAUUCAAAUGCAUUUACCAUGAGUCAUAGAUGCAUUUUCUCACACAGACAGAUCAUAAGUAUGACACACAACGUCCUUCUUGCCGAUGUAAUCGCCUCCCACCCUGUGAAAGUGAUGAAUGUACAAAAUAAGUGAUUGAAUGUAUGAACCUCAAGCAACUCUGUUCUCCGCCUGAGGAAGAUUUCCAGCAGGCUGAAGAGGAAACACAAAGUGAAAGAAAGAAAUUCAGAAGUGGAGGGAAAGGAAUUCAAACGUGAUGUGGUUGCUUGAGGAACGAGGACGCGCUUUGCUCGAUGUUAAGGCCUUGUUAAACUGAAAGACACGAAACCGGUGCCGCACAGGUGCCUGGUCUGGGUGCAGUGGUGGGAUCCUUUUAGUGCCUCUUGAGUUUUCCUGAUCAUAAAGUGAAAUUUCAUAAGGGAAACUAUUUAAUUUCCUUGUAAAGAUUUGAUCAAAUCCAUGUGUCUCACAAAUCAGAGAUGGAGAAAGUUAAGGAGCUGUGGUUUCAACACAAGAGGGCAGUAUGGUGUGCUCUGAAAAAACAGAAGAAUGACCUGACCAGGUGUGAUGAUGUCAGGAACAAGCACUGACAUUUAGGGCUGUAUGGAUAUUGUACUUUAGACCUUUUGGCAUACACAUCCAUGCCAGACAAUAGUUUUGUCUUGAAAGCAUGUGAUAAAACUAACUCUUAAGUGCACGGCCCAAACCCUGAGGACCCUUUCAGUCAGUCUCUCACACACUUCUUUCCUACAUGCACACACACACUCACACACACAUACUCGUUUUCUAUGGGGAGCAUGCAAGAUUACACCUACUGUACAGAGUCCUGUUGGAGCUAGACCACAGGGGCUGGAAUAGUGCUAGAGAGCCCCACAUGUGACGCAAGAUGUGGAGGCAGACUUUCGUAUCCCAGCCCCCCCUCUCCCAGUCCAAUACUGCAUGCGGGAUCUUCCUGGUCAGCUCUGUGAGCUGCGCUGGGGCAGAAACCCCUAGAUGGCGUUGUGUUAUAGCUCGAUAUUGCAUGCUGAAAUAGUGCAACACACUGUCCUUACUAGCUUUUUUUGCAUGAGGAUAUUGCUAUCCGUUCAGAAAAAGGGGUGAGGGAGCUGGUUAAGUUGUGUCACUAUGGUUGUGGCACUCACUUGAGGCAUGCGGCCUUAUGCUUACCUGGCACUGUCAUACCUUGAGUGUUGAAUCAUAGGAUGAGGGUGAAGUCAAUAGGUGCUUUAGUUGACUUGGUUUUAGCUCUGGGAACGGACAAUGUGUGGAUGCAAUACAGUAGUCUGGUUUCUCUAUGACAGUGUAACGGGGAGUAUCUCGGCAGCAUGUUUCAAAAAUGUUGUUACUUUCACGUGCGUGUCUGCCUAUCUUAGUAAUAGGUCGAUGGUUAUGAUUCAUUGCUCGUGGAUCAGUGGUGAAUCUAUAGGGCUGUUUUGAUUUUGUGAAAUGUGAGAGCACAUGUACGUGUACCAUGUGUGCAGUCCUGUUUGUCUCUUUGUAUAUAAAUGUAUACGUAUGUCUGUCCUGUUGUGUGUAUAAAUAUAUAUUUUGCACCGAAUGUACCAAAGGUUUGGGGCUUGCAAAGUCAACCAUUAGGCCUGCUCUCUCUAUUUCAGUCUAACACAUCCCACUUCUGGCUUCUGCCAAAUCUCUACAGAGCAUCACCUCAUGUCCGCUUGAGGGGCAGAUUUGUGGCAUGGGCAACAACGCUUUACAUUAGGAUAUACAUUCACUCAGUUUUCCAUAAAGAGGCUUUUCUGCUGCAGAAGAUUGGUAAGAUUGAUUACUUGCUUCACAUCCAAAUGAAGACAGUCGCACCUCUUCGUCUUUCCUAGUACAUUUCUGACAGGACCCGGCUCCGGUUUUCAGAAUUUCACUCUAUGCAAAGCUCCUGUAUGUGUGUCUCCAUUUCACCCCAAUGAUUGUAAUAAAAGAGAACAAAUGGCAAAUUUUGA